AUGCAAGUGCCGAUUCUCGGCUGCACUUUCCUCACGCUGUCAGAUCGUGAGGAAAGUACUGCCGAGAACCGGCAGUUGUCAGAGCGAGGAUCGGCACCGAUCAUCAGGGCACUGAUGAUCAGUACCCUGAUGAUCGGUGCCCAGCAGUGCCACCCACAAGUUCCGCCCACCUGUGCCCAGCAAUCACCCACCUGUGCCCAGCAGUGCACCCACCUGUACCCAGCAGUGCACCCACCUGUGCCCAGCAGUGCACCCACCUGUGCCACUCUGCAGUGUCACACACCUGUGCCUAGAAGUGCCACCUACCUGUUCCCAGCAGUGCCACCCACCUGUGCCCAC